AUGGCUGGAUUCCUUAGAGGUGGCGGCUCCGGCGGCGCCGGGUACGGCAGGGUGGGCGAUGGCUCGGACCCGUACAGAGACGGCCGCAAUCCCUAUACCUCCUCUUCAGCUUCGUCGGGUCGCUCGGCUGCUGGCGGCGCUGGUUAUGGAGGCGCUGGCUUCGCAGGUGCCGGAGCAGGCGGCGCUGGUCGUACUGCUGGCGGUGCCGGCUUCCGCGCGGGCGGCGCAGGCUUCGCGGGCGGUGCUGGAGGAGCUGGCUUCUCAGGCGGUGCUGGUGGAGCUGGUGGUGGUGGCGCUCCCUACGCCUCGGAAAAGUCGAGCCCAAGGCCACGCAUGGGCGGAGGCCACCUCGUAGUCAAGUGCCCCGAGCAGCUCAUUCUGUCCAACUGCCUCAUCGUCAACGGCCAGGAGUGGGGCUCCACGCAGUACGUGCUCGUCGAAGGCAUGUACGUCUUCACCGCCCAAGCGGACCCUACAGGUGCCAUCCAGCCGGGAACACUCGGCACCGCCAAACUGCAGCGACAGUGGGCUGGACUCUCCGCCCAAGGACAGUCGGUGGAAGCCGUGCCGUACGAUCCGUUCGCCUUUGGCAACAGCGUCUACCUCGGUAGCAUCGACAUCGAGGUCGCCUUCAUUCGCAAGGGUGAAGUUGCCGCGCAGGCCUACGACACCGCCGAGAUGGCCAAGGUGUUUGCGCGUGCUUUCGAGAACCACAUCUUCACCACCGGCCAGCUCCUCGUGUUCGAGUUCAAGGGCAUGAAUCUGAUUGCCACCAUUCGCGGCGUCGAUGUCGUCGAGCUGCACGAGAUCCAGCAGCGAAGCCAGAGUGCGCCCCAGGGUGGCCACGCCGGCUCUCAUCCGAGCCGUUCCGAUCGCGGUAUUCUCAUUGCCCAAACGCAGAUCAACUUCUCGGCCACCCCGGAUGGCGGUGUGAAGCUCAAGGCCUCGGGCAACCGACCGCCGCCCAACGCGAUCCUGCAGCCCAACUUCAAGUUCGAGGACAUGGGCGUGGGCGGUCUCGACAAGGAGUUCGCCAACAUCUUUCGUCGAGCGUUUGCCUCGCGCAUCUUCCCCCCGGCUCUGGUGGAAAAGCUGGGCAUCCAGCACGUCAAAGGUAUGGUGCUCUACGGUCCGCCUGGUACCGGUAAGACGCUGCUGGCUCGACAGAUCGGCAAGAUGCUAAACGCGCGCGAGCCCAAGAUCGUCAACGGCCCCGAGGUGUUCAACAAGUACGUCGGCGGGAGUGAGGAGAACGUGCGCAAGCUAUUUGCGGAUGCCGAGAAGGAGCAGAAGGACAAGGGCGACGAGUCGCAGCUGCACAUCAUCAUCCUCGACGAGCUCGACGCCAUGGUGCGUCAGCGAGGCUCGGGCGGUGCGGGCGCGACGUCGGCGGGCGACAAUGUGGUCAACACGCUGCUGGCCAAGCUGGACGGUGUGGAGCAGCUCAACAACAUCCUGGUCAUCGGCAUGACCAACCGGCUCGACAUGAUCGACGAGGCACUCCUGCGUCCCGGUCGUCUGGAGGUGCACGUCGAGGUGAGCCUGCCGGACGAGUUUGGACGUCGUCAGAUCCUCAACAUCCACACGAGCAAGAUGCGCACCAACGGCGUCAUGGACGGCGACGUAAACAUCGACGAGCUCGCGGCGCUCACCAAGAACUUUUCGGGUGCCGAGAUCGCGGGACUGAUCAAGUCGGCGACGUCGUUUGCGUUCAACCGCCACGUCAAGGUGGGCACCAUGGCGGGCAUCUCGAACGACGUGGAGGACAUGAAGGUGAUGCACCAGGACUUUUUGAACGCGCUCGAGGAAGUCAAGCCGGCGUUUGGCGUGGCCGAGGAGGAGCUGUCGCAGGUGGUGCAGAACGGAAUCAUGCACUUUGCGCCGCACAUUGAUGUCAUCCUGCGCGACGGCCAUCUGCGCGUCGAGCAGGUGCGCACCUCCCAGCGUACGCCGCUCGUCACGGUGCUGCUGCACGGUCCUCCCGGUUCGGGCAAGACGGCGCUGGCGGCUACGAUUGCGAUCGCAUCCGACUAUCCGUUCAUCAAGCUCAUCUCGCCCGAGAGCAUGAUCGGAAUGGGCGAUGCGCAGAAGAUCAACUACCUCAACAAGGUGUUUAACGACGCGUACAAGUCGCCGCUGUCGAUUGUGGUGAUCGACAACAUCGAAAAGAUCGUCGAGUGGGUUCGGAUUGGACCUCGAUUCUCGAACUCGGUGCUGCAGGCGCUGGCGGUGCUGUUGGGCAAGCGACCGCCCAAGGACAAGCGUCUGCUGGUGCUGGCGACCACGUCGAACCGACGCAUGCUGCAUGAGAUGGAGAUGCUCAAUGCCUUUAUCGCCGAGAUUCGCGUGCCCAACAUCACGUCGCUGCGCAGCGUGGACCAUGUGGUUCGCCAGAUGCAGCUGUUCGAGCACGAUGGCGAGGCGCAACGCUGCCAGCAGCUCCUGGCGCAGGCCGGACUCGGCGAAGAGGGCAAGCUCAACAUUGGCAUCAAGAAGCUGCUCUCGGAGAUCGAGAUGGCUCGUCUGGACAACGACCCGGCGGACCGUCUGGCUUCGAGCCUGUCGAGCGUGCAGAACACCGCCAUCGAUGUCGACAUCGACGUUGAUCUCAACUGA